CAAGUAGUAGAUGCAAUGAAAUCCAGACAUGUAUCUGGAAAGCCAAUAUAAACUUUAAUCACAUGAUUAGUGACGUAUAGGGAAGCGUGACAACAAUCACCAAACAAUCGCCAAGAAGCUUUGGAAUAGCGUGGGUCUCAUUUUAUCUCAGGAUUGUUGUAGAUUUACAAGGUAUUUUUCAUAUGAAGUCUGUGUAGGUAAAUCAUUUCGAGAAAACUCAGACAGAUCGCUGUCUGUUUGUCACAGUUUGCUUAUGUUUUUUGGAUUAUCAUAAAAUGUCAGUUUUUCCAAGAAUUUCGCUUAGACCUGAAGUCACUGACUACCUUAAGAACGUAUUCUUAAAUAAAGAGUUGCUGACUGCCGUUGGGCACCAAGAAGCAGAGCAGCGUUUUGAGAGGCUGCUCACAUGCCUUUCACACCCUCCUUCACACACAUGUGUGCGGGCUAGUACACACCUGGCCCCCCUGGAGGAGAUCAGACAAAAACUAGCACAAGAACUGAAUAAGCAGCAUCUGUGUGGCUCAUCAGCUGGGGUCUCUAUGGAGAUUGUUCCACACCCAUGCAUUCCAGAUGUGCUGCUCCUUCCUGUGGAUGGACCUAGACCUGUUGAGCCGCUUCAGUCCGAGGUGGUUGUGGGUGCGCAGUGCGGCAGUGCUGUUUUGAGAGGUGCUCAUGUUUUUGCCCCUGGCAUUGUUGCCAGCCCAAAGUUCAUGAAAACCGGCGAUAUAGUGUCUGUGUUUUCUGAUAUUGAUGGAAAGUGCACUAGAGGAGCCACAAGCUUCCAAGGGCACAAAGUGUUUGUGGGAAAUGGUGUAGCUGAAAUGGAUCGCUCUGCAGUAUUUUGUACAAAUUGUCCAACUAAAGGUGUAGCAGUUCAUAUGACAGAGCCACUUUAUCAAAGUCCUUCAUUUGAUGGUGUUCUGCCCAGCCUUACAUUCUUACAGAAUCUCCCAUCUGUGGUGGUGGGACAUGUUCUUGGGCCUUGUCCAGGUGAACGUGUUCUGGAUAUGUGUGCUGCCCCAGGAGGAAAGACCUGCCACAUCGCCUCUCUCAUGAAGGACCAGGGUGAGGUUGUGGCACUUGACAAAAUCCGAAACAAGAUUGAUCGUAUUCGUCAAAAUGCCCAGAUGCUGUGCCUGGAUUCAAUCAAAGUGUUUUGCUGUGAUAGUGUGAAAGCAGUGAGCACUGACCUUGAAAAGCAGAGAGGAAUUGAAGGCCCUCCAUUUCCUCCUGAGAGCUUUGACCGUGUUUUACUAGACGCUCCAUGUAGUGGACUAGGACAAAGGCCCAGCAUGGCCAGCACAUGGAGCCUGAAGGAGAUCUGCUCUUAUCAGCCACUUCAACGCAAAUUAAUUCAUGCUGCAGUGAGCUUAUUGAAGAAAGGUGGUGUGUUGGUGUACAGCACUUGCACUGUGACUCUUGCAGAGAAUGAGGAGCAAGUAGCAUGGGCACUCAAAACUUUCCCAUGUCUUACUCUUGCACAUCAGGAUCCCCACAUUGGCGCAGAGGGCAUGCCUGGAGCUGGUCUGUCACCUGAUCAACUGUGCCUUCUCCAGAGGUUCAGCCCUGAGCUGAGCUGGGAGCAAAUGCAACUGAAUGCUUCACUUCCCCACAGAGCCAAUACAGACACUAUAGGGUUUUUUAUUGCCAAAUUCCUGAAACACUGACCGGGCACUUAGGAUGUGAACAGAGCAUGAUUGAGGAUCUUGCACAAGACUAAGGUGUUUAUAUUAAAACAGCUUUGAUGGUGGCGUUGACAAAGAUGCUCUCAGUUGGGUUUACAGCAUCUGUUUCUGGCAACUGCUCUGUGAGACCGCAGGCCAUAUAGGGAUAAGCUUUAUAAACAGUCAGGGCAGGAGAAAGAGGAGUUGACAGGGUGGGAGGGGCAGGCACGUGGGGACGCAGCACAGCACAGACUCACUGGCAAAUGCAGCAAGGCCAGCGUCGCCAUAACAACAAUGACGACAUGGUUGCCAUGACGACGGAAGAUUCAGUGGAUAUGUGAGAUCAGGAAGUAGUGCGCUAGAGAUAUUAAACAUUUAAUGCCUUUUAGUGGGGGGGGCAACUGAGAAAUUAGCAAUUUGCCUGCUGCAUCAGACAUGUAAAAUAACGGAAUAAAAUAUAUUAAUAUAAUAUAUAUUAUAUCUUUAACUUUGAGAAUGUGAAAAAAAUUGAAUGGGGAAUUACAUAUAUGCAUGCUGUUGUAGAUACUGUUAUAAAACUGCAAUUUAUAUUGCAAUUACAAAAUGCACAUUUUGGUUAUAACAGUUUCAGUCUACUCUUUACUGAGAGUACCAUUCAUUUUUAAUCCAGUUAACCCACAAAUAUGUGUAAAUGUAGUCUUGGCAGCUGUGUCCCUCAGGUUUUGUCAAUGGAGAGUUCCAGAAUGAAUCAGAUGGCACUGGAAACAUUCAUGUUUACAGAAGUAGAGACGCUUCCUCUUUUAGACUCAUCUCCUCAGUAUUGUCAUUCAUGUCAAUGUUGUCAUGACAACCAAGAGGGAGGCUAGUGGAUACCUUAUAUUUUCAGCUGAGUUUAAAAGUACUAUUUAUAGUCAUGGUCUUUCUCAGGAUGAGAGCUCUGACGAAACACAUCAAACUAUCUCUGCACCAGACUAUUGCUGCCAACUUUAUUUAUAUAUGACAUCUUAUGUACAUAC